CUUUUUCGUUUUCCCUGCAUUUGGGUCCAUAACAACCUGCCUGCCUGCCCGUUCAUUCCUGACACUGCUAAGCUGAGGGAAGUAGAACAAUCAUGUCCCAUUCAAUCCAACAUGCCGGAGAAACCAGCAACAAAUCUGGGCUACAUUCCACCAGACGGAGGCUGGGGCUGGGCAAUCGUCUUCGCCUCCUUCAUCUCCAUAGGAUUUGCUUACGCCUUCCCGAAAUCACUCACCAUCUACUACAAGGAGAUCCAGGAAUAUUUUUCAAUUUCCUACAGCCAGAUUGCCUGGGUGUCCUCAGUCAUGCUUGCAUCUAUGUAUGCAGCAGGGCCUGUGAGUAGCAUUCUUGUGAAUCGCUAUGGUAGCCGACCAGUGGUUAUGGUUGGUGGGCUCAUGGUUUCCACUGCCAUGGUCCUCGCCUCAUUUGGAACAACUAUUAUCCAUCUGUAUCUCUGUAUUGGAGUAAUUGGAGGUUUCGGCCUCGCUUUUAAUCUCCAGCCCGCUCUGACUAUCAUUGGAACCUACUUCCAUGUGAAGAGGCCGUUGGCAAACGGACUGGCGAUGACAGGAAGUCCGGUGGUCCUUUUUACACUGGCCCCGCUCAAUCAGUUUCUCUUUGAUUCUUUUGGCUGGAGAGGAAGCUUCAUGAUCCUGGGAGCCAUUGUUUUGAACUGCUGUGUUGCCGGUUCGCUGAUGAGACCCGUCAACAAAAAAGUCCAAGUUGAACUAAAAAGCGAGCUGCACGAAAGUAAUGGAGGAGAGGAAGUCCCCACAGAUCACCAACAAACAGUUGAAGUCCAAAAUGAAAGUGAUAAAAAGGGCUGCAUCCAUAGGUUUAUAGAUGUUUCACUUUUCAAACACAGGGGAUUCAUGAUUUACCUUGUCGGUAAUGUGGUCAUGUUUUUUGGCCUUUUUGCACCCAUAGUUUUCCUAGCUCCGUAUGCCAAACAUUUAGGUGUCGAUGAAUAUUCAGCAGCAUUCCUGCUCUCCAUUUUUGCUCUUGUGGACAUGUUUGUCAGACCAGCGACUGGAUUAAUUGGAAACAUGAAAGGGAUCCGACCCAGGAUUCAGUAUUUAUUCAGUUUUUCUGUUUCCUACAAUGGUGUGUGCCACCUUCUGUGCCCUCUUGCAACUGGAUACGUUGGCCUGGUCAUUUACGCUGUCUUUUUUGGGAUGGCGUUCGGAAUGGUGUGUUCUCUGCUGUUCGAAGUGUUGAUGGACCUCGUGGGAGCUCAUCGCUUCUCCAGCGCUGUCGGACUCGUCACAAUUAUCGAGUGCGGCCCGGUGCUUCUCGGACCUCCUCUUUCAGGAGCUUUGGUUGAUGUUUUUGGGGACUACAAAUACAUGUACUAUGCCUGUGGUGUGUUGAUGUUGGUGCCAGGCAUAUUUUUUUUCAUCAUGCAUUACUUCAACUACAAGAGGCUGGACGAAGAGCAGAGACAGCAGCGCUCAGCGGAGAUGAUGAUGUGUGAAGAAGUCGUGCACCUGAGAAUAAACCAGGAAGGACAGAGCUGAAUUGGAUGAUGGCUAUUAUGUGAGGACUCUACCUCAGAUUUAACUUAUAGAUUAAUAUUUUUAUUUUGUGUGUGGCCGCUUUAUCUCUUUGGAGGCAGGUUUCAAAUAACGCACCAUGCCCAUCCAGUGUGUGCGCGUACACCGUAAAUGUGUUUGUAGGUCAUUAAUGAAUCUGUUACAGCUAGAUGGCAGCAGAUACCAACAUGUAAAAUUGACCAAUGUGUACUAGAAAAGUAUUUUGUAUUGUUAAACAAAGAGGCUGAAAUCUCUUCUCUAUGCUAUAAUUUAAGUUUUUCUCAUCUUAUCAUAUUUGUAAACACUUUCCAUAUAUGACGUAUUUAAUAGAUUGAUCUGACACAACGGGCUAAAAUAGUGUAAAAAUAUGCAUCGUAAUUUUCUAUGAAUAUAUUAAAACUUUUAACAUUAUUUUAUAGAAGUGUUUCAUAUACACCUGAUUUCACAAGCAUAGAGUGAGGUACUAUCAAGAAAAUAUAUUUAACAAUGUAUUACUUGAAAUGUAUUGUAUUGUACUGUAACAUAUUGUAAUAGAUAUUUUACAUAGAAUUACUGAAUAUUACAAUAGUAUUUUUGUUAAAAUUUGUUUAUUUGGAGUAGGACUGUAAUGCAUUAAUUGCAAUUAAAUAAUUACAAACGAUUUAACUUUUUUCUUUUUUUUUUAAUGUAUUUUAGUCGCAUGUUAUAUUCUAAUUACGGAACCGAAAUAUUUUCCAAACACUGAUUAAACUGACGUAUGCAUCAACUCAGGUAAUGGCUGUGGAAAAUGUGAAAUCCAACAAAAUGAAUGUUUCAUCU